AUGUUAUCCCUGUUUGUAUGGCUCAAACUGAGAAAAUUACUUUCAGAUCGAUUGUGUGGGUCCAAUUCUUACUAUUUUUCUCAUGUAUCAGAUGAUACAGGAAAUCGACUUCGGUUCCAGUUGGAGUUAGAGUUUGUGCAAUGUCUGGCAAAUCCAAAUUACCUCAACUUUCUUGCACAAAGAGGCUACUUCAAAGACAAGGCUUUUGUAAAUUACCUUAAAUAUCUACUUUAUUGGAAAGAACCUGAAUAUGCAAAAUACCUGAAGUAUCCUCAGUGUUUGCAUAUGCUAGAGCUGCUCCAGUAUGAACACUUCCGCAAAGAACUGGUCAAUGCUCAGUGUGCUAAAUUUAUUGACGAGCAACAGAUUCUUCACUGGCAGCACUAUUCUCGGAAAAGAAUGCGUCUCCAGCAAGCGCUUGCAGAGCAGCAGCAACAAAACAACACAUCUGUAAAAUGAAAAACGCUUGGAAGAGUGAUGAUAAGGUGUCCUCUGUCUCAGCUGAAGUAUUUACAAGAGAGGCAUGAAGCCUUUUGUAGGUUUGGCUCUGGGUGUGCAUACAUUUCAUUUUUGAUUAAUCAAGUGACUGGGUUUCUUUUUUAUUUCAUCAAUUUCUUUAAAGAUAAAAGACUGAUAAACACCUACUUCUGCAAUAUGUUUUGUAGCCUGGACAAUUUUGUAAGAGCAUUACUUAUUGUAGCUACUGGUUCCUCUUGAGUUUGAAAACAAAACAGUUUUGUUAUUGAUAUUUAACUAUAUAACAAAAAACGUAGCUCAGAGGUCUGCUCAGGAGGCAUUUUCCCUGGAGAAUAAUGAUGUGUGUCAGCAUGUGACUAAGAACUCCCUCAUGUACAACUAUUUACAACUGCAGGAUGAGCAAAGUUGAAGUGGUGAUACUGUACAAAAUCUAAAUUGUGGACUUUUACCUUGAAACAGAGCCAAGCUAUUACUUGUCAUCUCUGUUUAUCUAGUAAUCAUUGUUGCUGGGGGUCUUAGUUUUCCUUACAGCAUUUUAUAGAUAGAAAUUGGAAGUGUGACGAGAGGACUGCAGGAGUGGAGCAGAGAGAAGUAAUAAACUUUGCAGAUACUGAACAGAAGGAAUUGGGCUGUAGCUCUAUCUAUUCCAGUCCAGGAAGCUUACUUUAAUCUUGUUUUUCUGCCAGUGAAACAGUGGCUGCUCUUGGGCUUCUCUGCAGUACAGGUAGUGAAAACACUUUGUGUUACAAAAAAAGGUGUAAAUGCUUGCAGUAUUGGAGAAGCAUUUGCCAUUUAUGCCUCUAGUUUUUAUUGUAAGAACACCAUCUUGGCAGUUGUCAGGGAUUCAAUUUUCAUGUUUUAGACUGUAUUUGUGCUGCAUUCGUGUUGGAGUUUGUAUCCUUGUAGGAGCAGGUACUGCAACUGUUAACCCUUAACGUGUCAUCAGAGACACGAAGACUGUCAGCUUUUGGCUUACCAGACUGAACAGAUAAGCCAUUAAACAUCUUUGGCAUUGAAAAUUUAUCUUAA